UAUAGGCUAGAACUCAGCUGUUCAUUUGCUCUUAUCAAUAAAUAUUAUUAUUUAUGAUGACGGUUUAGUGGAAACAAGUUGUUUUUCAAAAUGAAGCGUAUUUUGGUUUCUUCUGUCUCCUAUCCAUGGAGGUGUGGCAAAAGAACUCUUGUGACUCUUCCCAGAAUUACAAAAAUCUUCGAUGAGAGAGUUCUUGAUAAUACUCUUCAUCCUCCAUACGAUAUUCAUGUUCCGAAAAUUACGUACACUGAUAUGGUUUGGGAGGGGAUGGAGACUAAAGGACAUUUACCAGCCAUGACAUGUGGUCUUUCAGGCAGAACCUUAAGUCAUGGAGAACUUCAAGAAGAAGCUUUAAGACUUUCCAAAACUUUACAAGGUUUGAAUCAUGUGAAAACCAUCGGCAUCCUUCUCCCAAACUGUGUAGAAUAUCCUGCAAUAAUCUGUGGAUCUCUCCAUGCUGGAGUAACAGUGACAACUCUGAACCCUGCGUAUACUCCAUCCGAGAUAGCUCAUCAGCUUGAGGCUGCCAGGGUUGAUAUUCUCUUCGCAGCGAACAGUCUGCAGGAGAAGGUAUUAUCAACUGUAUCCUUGUACUCUAAACUAAGCAUGGUUGUGUUUGUUGAUGCUGAAAGCCAACUCAAUACAGGAGCACUUAAACUUGAUGAGAAAUCUGUUCCGUACUCCCAGUUUCUCUCCGUAUCUCCUGCUAGGUCAGGAGCUAGGAUUGAUACAGUCAAAGACACUGCAAUCAUGCCUUUUUCAAGCGGUACUACAGGUCCACCAAAGGGAGUUGAAUUAAGCCAACACAACCUUGUUGUUCAAUGCCUAACAAUGGCCGUUGACGGAGAAUCCUUUUAUAGAGCUUUCGGAAAACUUCAGGAUGUUACAGUCGCAGUUCUCCCCAUGUAUCAUAUAUUCGGGUUGGCUGUAACUAUGACUGGAGCACUCUGGGCUGGAUCAAGACAGGUUACACUACCAAGGUUUGACUCUGACCUGUAUAUCCGAUGUUUGGAGAAGUAUUCUCCAACCUAUCUCCACAUGGUUCCUCCAAUAGUUGGAUUCCUAGCAUCCAGUCCUAAGGUUUCUGCAGAACAUCUCAGUUCACUAAGACAGGUGAACUGUGGUGCUGCUCCCUGUGGUUUGACUCUGAUAGAGAAGUUUGCUCUGAAGGCUCCGAGAGUCCUGUUCAGAGAAGGAUGGGGGAUGACGGAGACAACAGGAGCUGCAACAGCAUUCCAUAGGAGUUAUCAGGAGUCAGCUCCUGGCUCUGUGAAUACACUCCUUCCAAAUCUAAGAAUGAGAAUAGUAGAUUCAGAUACAGAUGAAAUAUUAGGUGUGGAUCAGACAGGAGAAUUACAAGUCAAGGGUGAGGGAAUAACGAAAGGAUAUUUCAACAACGAAGAAGCAACAAGAAAAACUUUUUCCCAGGAUGGUUGGAUGAAAACGGGGGAUGUUGGAUACUUUAACAAGGAUGGAAUUAUUUAUAUAUCAGAUAGGAUAAAAGAACUUAUCAAGGUGAAUGGUUUACAAGUAGCUCCAGCAGAACUUGAGAAUACACUCCGUCAAUUAGACGGUGUUGAAGAUGUAGCUGUUGUUGGAGUUCAAGAUGGACGGGCUGGUCAACUUCCUAGAGCUUUUAUUGUCAGAAGCGGAUCUUUGACUGAGGCGGAUGUAAAACAGUGGAUGUCUUUAAAGCUCUCCGCCCACAAGCAACUGAACGGCGGAGUAGUUUUUGUGGAUUCCAUUCCUAAAUCCGCAGCUGGGAAAAUAUUAAGAAAAGAUUUGGUAGGAAAAUAGUAAAAAUAAAUGUAAAAUUUUUCUUAAUAAAAGAUUAAU